AUGGCGAAGGAGGGCGUGAUUAGCAACGUGUCCUCGUUGGACUUCCCCUCGCUUUUCUCGGACGAGGCGCGCGAGCCCAAGGCGGCCAAGUCGGCCGACACGCCCAUGUGCCCGUCGUUCAUGCACCUGCCCCUGGCCAUCGAGCUGACUCCGGCGGUGCGCGCCAAGAUCCCCUACGCGCUCGAGGCCAACUACGUGUCGGUCGAGGACUGGUCGCGCGGGAUCGCGUCGCCAGACAACGUCGUGCUGGUGUCCGUGCCGACGGUGCUGGAGCCGGGGCGCGCGCCGGACGGCUUCGCCGUCGUGCACGCGUACACGCCCGCGACGGAGCCGUACGCGGCGUGGGCCGGGCUGCGGCCCGGCACCGCGGCGUACGACGCGAAGAAGGCCGAGCGCAGUGCCGUGCUGUGGCGCGCGGUCGCCAGGAUCUUCGGCCAGGACGUGCGCGACCUGGCGCACGUCAAGCUCGUCGGUACGCCCCGCACGCAUGAGCGGUUCCUCAACAGGAAGUUCGGCUCGUACGGGCCCAUGGUCGACGCGGCGCAGUCGCCGCUCACGCUGCCGCUCCCGCAGAGUACCACGGCGAUUCACGGCGUUUGGAGCGUGGGCGAUAGCGCGUUUCCGGGUAUCGGGGUCCCCGCGACGGCGGCAUCAGCGUGGCUUGCGGCUAAUGCGUUUGGGGAUGUGAGGGAGCAUGCGGCGAUUUUGAAAAACAUCGGCUUGUAG